AUGGCAACGGGCGGAGGGUCGGCGUCGCGUAUGCGGAUGAUGAUCGUUGGAGCCUACCUGGUGGCGGUGAACGUUGGGGCGGCUGGUCUGUUCUACUACGACAAGCAGUGUGCCAUUCGGCAUCAGUGGCGCGUUCGCGAAUCGACCCUCCAGCUUUCCGCUCUUGCCGGAGGCUGGGCAGGCGGCAUUCUGGCCAUGCAGACCUUUAGGCACAAGACCGCCAAGUCGUCGUUUCAGGUGCCUUACUACACGGCAGCUGCGGCCAACAUGGGACUGCUGGCCUUCCUGGCACGGACGCGGCAGGGCCGGCAGCUGAUGGACCAGUUCUUCCAGGCCCUGCCUUCCGCGUUGACAGCGAACCGAGGCCGAGGUCGCGGCAGAGUCGGCGGCGGAGCUUCAAGCCGAGCCACCAACACCAGCUUCUACCCUUCGCAGCACCAACGAACCCAGCAACAGCCCGCCUCGUCCUCCUACUCGUCUUCAUCCUCUCGUCAACAGCAGACAUCCAACAGCAGCAGCUCCAAGAAGAGAAGGCAGUCAGGCAAGCAAGAUUAA